CAGGAGUGUCGGUUCUGUAAGAACAACGGCGAGCGGCUGUCAUACUACCGCAGUCAUCCGCUGCGCGAUGCGGACGGGGUCGCGUGCCCCGUGCUGCGCGCCUUCACCUGCCCGCGCUGCGGCGCCCGUGGACCGCGCGCUCAUACCGCCAAGUACUGCCCGCUCAGCACCAACGAGGAACGUAUGAAAUCAGCUGCCAUGAUGCGCAGCGUCCGUAUGGCUUCAGGGCGAAUCCGUUCAGCUCCCGCCCCCGUCGCGGCCACGCGCCACGUGACCUACGUCCCCGAGACUCCGCAGGAGGCCUACGGAGCACCCCUCGCACCGCUGUGGGCAGCUCUCGAGCAGAAAUUGAUGCUGUAACUAUUAAGAUGCUUUGAACAUGUUGAGGACACCUGUCUUGGCUUAUAAAGGGAUCUAUAUUAACGCCAAGACUUUGAU